GCGACCCGUGUGUGUGUCCGGAGAGCCCUGCGCCCGCUGCACCGCCUGCCCGAUAGUGCCGCUAUGUCCCGCCUGAUGCCUGCUGCUGCCGACUGGUGCGAGGGGCUGCCCCCAGAGCCCUACAUGCUGGACGCCUCAGAUCCCCGAGCAUGGCUGUCCGCCUCCUCCCUGCAGGUUGCCCCGGAGUACAUGCUGCAGCAGGGUAGCCGGGCGCACAAGAUGCGGGAGCUGUGCAAGCUGAAGGGGCUGAGGGUGCAAGAGGAGGAGGACGAGGACGAUGAGGACAGCGAGGAGCUGUGCAGCCAGAGGACACCCUCCGGUAAGAGCGGCGGAGGGGUGCAGAAGCAGCGGAGGCUUGCCGCUAAUGCCCGAGAGAGGCGGAGGAUGCACGGGCUAAAUCACGCCUUCGACGAGCUCCGGAACGUCAUCCCCUCCUUCAACAACGACAAGAAGCUGUCCAAGUACGAGACGCUGCAGAUGGCUCAGAUCUACAUCAAUGCUCUCUCUGACCUCCUGCAGGUUCCCCCCGAGCACCCACAGCCCUGCCCGGCAUACCCGCUGCACCCCGGGGUGGAUGCCAGGAGCAGGUUCCCUGGAGACUACACCUUGCCACUAGACCCGCUCACCUACCCCUACCCGGAUGGUGGCUCCCAGAAGGCGACCUCCACAUCUUUUUCCCCGGGUGCCAGGGAGUCGUCAGGGGACGAGAGCAAAACUUCCCCCAGAUCGCACAGAAGUGACGGAGAGUUCUCCCCACGCUCCCAUUACAGCGACUCGGACGAAGCCAGCUAGAGACUGAGCAUGGGCUGUGCCCCUACCCGAGAACUCUGCCCUGGCAUCCAGCAGCUGGUACAAAUCCCUGUCACAACACAAUACACUAAAGUGUCAAGAAGACGCCAAGAAAACACUUCUUCUGCCUACUGCCUGCCCAAUGUCUGCCUAGUGUCAAUUUUACAACUCAGAUAGUAUGUGUCCUUGUACAGUAGCAAAGAACCUGCAGCUUUUACAUUGCCAUUAACCCCGACAGUGCCAGGCAUGUUUGAACAGUCAAAAACACUGGCAGUGAAUGGGUUAACGUUUAAGCAUUUUUUUUAUUUAUUCCUGGUAAUAUUUGUUCUUUUCUUUUUUUCUAUUACUAUUAUUAUUAUUUUUACCCCGUAGAUCUACCAACUGCCAUAUUACCUCUUCCUUGUAUACAGGUUAAUCAGCUGUCAGUAAUUGCCAUUGGUACCUCUGUACGUCAAAAAUCACUACAUGAUCAGAAUGUCUUCCAAAAUGCAACUGUCCUAGCACUGGAAAUAAUGUCUGUAUAUAUAUAUGUACGUAACUGCCUUACGGUGUAAAUAAUGGAGAAAUGCUAGUUUUUGUACUAUUACAUAUAUAUAUUCCUGAAUUUCUAUAGCUUCUUGCGAAACUGCACUUUAACAGCCAACGGUGGCAAAGAGAAAACAAACAAAUUGUGGAUCAUACAUUUAAUAAAAACAUAAUAUACAUAAUGCCAAUUUGCAAAACUUUUUUUUGUUUAGCCACUUGCUUAAAUCUUGUCAUACUU